CUCCCACCAGCCUGGUGCUUGCGCCUAGUUCUCAGGCUGGACCCGGGGGCUCUUGCCUCGCAGAAGGAGGAGUUACCCACCCACCCACCCCGCCUCAGGUCGGAAGAUGCAGAAGGGCUGGAAGAAAUACUUCGGCCAGAAAUCCCUCAGCGAGGUCACCAUGGAUGAGUAUCUGGCCAGCCUGGGGCUGUACCGCAAACUCACCGCCAAGGACGCCUCCUGUCUCUUUCGGGCUAUUUCAGAGCAGCUGUUUUCUUGUCAGAUUCAUCAUAUGGAAGUCAGGAAGGCUUGUGUUUCAUUUAUGAGGGAAAACCAACGUAACUUUGAGUCCUAUGUGGAAGGAUCAUUUGAAAAAUAUCUGGAACGGCUGGGAGAUCCAAAGGAAAGUGCUGGCCAAUUGGAAAUAAGCGCUCUAUCAUUGAUCUAUAAUCGAGACUUUAUUCUGUACCGGUACCCUGGAAAGCCACCCACCUAUGCUACAAACAAUGGCUUUGAAGAUAAGAUCUUGCUGUGUUGUUCCAGCAACGGCCAUUAUGACUCUGUGUAUACAAAACAAUUUCAAGCAGAUGCUGCUGUUUGCCAGGCUGUAUUGUAUGAGAUCCUGUAUAAAGAUGUGUUUGACAUGGAUGAGGAGGAAUUGAGAACUGCAGUUGAGAUGUUUCGAAGUGGGGCCAAAAAGAACAGAAACAGUGCUUCUGUUGGAAGUGAAGAUGCAAACUUUGAUUGUCUUCCCGAGAAAGUGUCCAAAACUUCAUCAGAAAGAAGAGUGGAAGACUGGGAACGCAAUGAUACUGACAACUCACAUGAAGAUAAGCUCAAACAAGGCACUGAAGAGGCAAAGCCUCCUGAAAAUCCAUCAAAGAUGCCUUUUCCCUAUAAAGUGCUAAAAGCAUUGGACCCUGAGAUCUAUCGCAAUGUAGAAUUUGAUGUUUGGUUGGACAGCAGAAAAGAGCUUCAAAAAACUGAUUACAUGGUGUUUGCUGGGAGACAGUACUAUUUAGGAGACAAGUGUCAGGUACGUCUGGAGCCUGGGGGUAAGUACUACAAUGCUCAUAUCCAGGAAGUUGGACAUGAUGGCAACAUGGUGACUGUGUUCAUUGAAGAGCUGGCAGAAAAGCAUAUUGUUCCAUUGGCAAACUUGAAGCCAGUGACGCAAGUGACACCUGUGCCUGCAUGGAACGUAGCUCCCAGUCGAAAAGGAGGAAACUAUCAGAAAAUAACGGGUGGCUAUGUUUCAGAAAUAGAAAUGGAUAUGAAGUCACGGAAGAGACUGUUUAAGAAAGUUCGUGGGAAGGAAGUUUAUAUGACAGUAGCUUAUUCUAGGGGUCAACCAGUGCUUCCACCUCGACUACAGCACAAUGUUCCUUCAGGUCGAUCUUCUCCAAUUAAUUGCUCCCAAAGUGGUGGGAAUAUGGCAUCUUAUGACCACUAUCGUCCUCAGAAUUCUCCUCAGAGGCAUGGCAGGGGAUAUGGAAUGCCCAGGGGAUCUGCCCGAUUUAUAAACAGGAACAACAUGGUUGGCCCUCAAAUAGCAUUCUACCCUGGUCCAGGGAAGAGAUGUUAUCAGAGCUAUGACAAUUUCUCCUACAGGUCCCGUUCAUAUAGCCGUAGUCGCCGGCAGAUGCAGUGUGUAAAUAAGGAAUGUCAGUAUGGAUUUGUACCAGAGACUGGGGAGGAGCCUCAGGGUUUGGAAGAAACCAUAACUUUCUAUGAAAUUGAAGAAGGAGAUGAGGCUGCUUUUCCUGCUUUGCCAAGUCAAGGUGGCCCUGCCCCAAUAGUUCCUGCUCCUGCAGGAUUCUGGGUAGCUAGAAGAGGCCCAACCUCCAUUCCAUCCAACAAACAGAUCCUGAAUUCCUCAGAGGAAGAAGUCGAUGAACCAAGUGAUAAUGGGGAAUUCCAUGAAGAAUAUAUCUACACCCCUUCAGAUCCAGACUGUGAAACUCCAACAGUAUUUAGUUCAGCAGAGACUACAGCAAACUUGGAUGGAGGAUCAGGUUCUGUCUCCCCUCAAGAUGGAGUUGCUUCAUAUAACUAUUCCCAGAAGGUGAUGGUGAAUUCUGCAGUGAUCUCAACCUCCUCCUGUGUUAAUACUGCUCCAGCAACUGUCUUUUCCUCCAGCACAGCAGCAGCCACUCAAGCCAGUGUUACCACAUCUGUUCCUCCCCAGACUGCUGUGCAGCCCAUCCUGGUAUCCCCUACAUCUGCUGGAAGGCCAGUGGUGAUUCCAUCUGUGCCGUACCCAUAUCAUCCAGCUCCACCUCCCCCUGUCAGUGAGGUAGGAGAUAGUGGCAAUGGGCCUCCACCUUACUCCUGCGAUCCUAGUGGCAGUGAUUUACCUCGAGAUACAAAGGUAUUGCAGUAUUAUUUUAAUUUGGGAUUGCAGUAUUACCAUCAGAGCUGUUGGCAUUCCAUGGUGUACAUGCAGCAGGUACCACCACCAUCACCAGUAGAAGCUUACUCAGGAUAUACUGAGCCUGCCUCCAUGGUAGAUCCAUCAGUACCUCAGUUUUAUGCUGAUGCUGGGAGAAGUGAUGUCCGGCAUGUUGCCCUGGAAACAUCAGCAAACGGUACUUUCCAAAAUGUAGAGCCUCCACCUCCACCCCAUGGAACAGUAUAUUAUCCAGUCAUGACAGAUCCCUAUGGCCAGCCACCACUACCGGGGUUUGAUGCUUGCGUCUCUUUAGUACCUGCCUAUCAUUAUGUUAGCCCUUGGCAUCCAGUAAAUCCAUCAUAUGGUAACUCCUCACGGAUUCAUAAUUCUGUAAAUCCUGGACAGUUGCAUCAAGUCAGCUAUGUUACCACACCUAAUCCGGUGUCACAUUAUGUACCUCAAAGUAUGUAAGGCCAAGUGAUGUAAACUCACUUCUUGCACUAAAAUUUUCCUGUUUUCUCUGUUAGUAUUGUUUUUGUAGUGAGUGGUAUGCUGUUUAGUGUGUUUCAUUUACAUGUUUCUAUUUCAGUUUAUAGUAAAGGUAAAAUCUUGAGUAUUGUUUUAGUAGAGAAUAUCGGAAAGUAAAGAACACAACGUUUAAAUUCAGCUAUCUAAUAUAUAACAAUCUGUAUAUAUUGGAAUAAAAGACAAAUUGCAUUACCACAUCCAUCCAUCAAUGAUAAUGAUGUAUGGAGAGGUUACAAGAUCACUGUUACAUCAUUAUCCUGUGCAAGACUAACUAUUGUCUUACAUAUUAUGCCAGUUUGUGUGUAAUGGUAACAUACUUGAUUACUUAAGCAGGAGAAAGGUUGGGUCCCAGUCCAUUUGAGGAAAGUUAUUACUGUUAAAAUAGGCUGCUUUUUCUCAGAUUUCCUGGGGGAGGGGGAAGUAUGUCAGGUAUCUUCUCCAAUGGUAACUACUUAUUUGUAAUAGUUUUUUCUCUGUUUAAUUUUGUUUGGUAUAAUCUUGAAGUGUUAGAAGGUGGGAGUCCUUGGCACUGGCAUAUUCUGCUGUACACAGCUGUAUUUAUGAGAGGGGCUUGGUUGUGAAAGUCACCCUGCACAAAUGGUGGUAGAAGUGGUGUUUGACUUGCACUAAAUAAACAAA